AUGUACUGGUGGCCGAAGCUAGGGCUGGACUCCAGAACUGUACUCAUGAUGAUGAAAGGAGCGCUGGCGCCGACUAUCACUAUUGCCAUAUACCAAAGUACUGCCAUUUCAGAAAUCACAACAACCAUUGGCUACCUAUCCGCCUUAAUAUCAGUCCUAUCCCAGGCCUUGAUGCCGCGGGCAAAAUUUAUGAAGAUUAUAUUUUAUGACAUCCUAUCUGCCUGCGUAUCCGCAUCACUCUGCUGUCUUGCUGUCUUCUGUGCAGUCAGAGCAAGAGAGCACAAUACCCCUGCGGAUGCCAGCGAAAGUGUGCGCACUGGCUAUAACAGCGAUGCGUGCGCCGUGGCUGCGAUUUGGUUGAUCUUCAUGAUCUGGGGUGCGAACUCACUUCGUGCACUAAAACCAAUGGAGCUACAGGAUCCAAUGGUUGCGUUUUCCAUUUUUGCUUCAGUCACCAUUACACGUGCAGGCAUGUUCACAUCCUUGUCUGAAGGUCUAGAUUUCAUUGCGCGGCUUCUAAAGGGGUUCAUGAUUGGGUUUUCCAUCGCAACCGGUGUCUCACUACUGAUCUUCCCCAUUACCAGCAGAGGAAAUGUAUUUCACGACAUGAAAGACUACAUCGCAUCAGUUGAUGAAGUUCUCCAGACUCAAAUCUCGUUCGGGGAAGACAGCUCCAUAAAUGGCCUUUUCAGUCGACAGGGUCUGCUUCGUCGGGCACGGACCGCGAUGAGCACCCGGGAUAUGCAGAGCGAGGGCGAUGAUCUGCAGGUGAAGCAAAAGGCACUCCAGGCUUCUAUGACUAAACUCAAUGGCCUACACAGCAAGCUGCAUGCCGAUCUCUUCUACUCCAAAGAUGAGAUCGCAUGGGGUAAACUAUCCGCAGAUGAUCUUAGCAGCAUCGCCUCUCUCUUCCGGAGCCUUCUUCUUCCACUCGCUGGAAUGUCGAUGUUGCCAGAAAUCCUAGAGACAAUAAUUAAGAAUGAAGCUGACGACGCACGGGAAGAUGAUAAUUCAGAAGGGGGAGAAAAACACUCUGAAAUCCAAAAAGUGAUGCACACCCAUCACGCGCGGCUUGUGGAUGCCUCUUACCUGGUGAAACAGGGACUAAACCAUUUUCUGCUAGUCCUGGAGCUUAUCAAACCUAAGCAUUUGUCCAAGACAAAAAUGACGCACCUUGAUGGAUCCAAUGCCAGGGACGAGGAAGCAAGGGGUGAAACUCUAAGUGCCCUUGAGCCGGACUUCACCUCCCGUUUCGAACAAUCGCUGCAGAAUUAUUACACCCGUCGGAAAGAACUGCCAGAGGCGCUGGCGUCUCUUGAGGCAUUUUCGGAGAAACUCGAUUCUGCCACGUCGGCACCCCCUGGGAUACUCGGCGCAGAUCCGGAUGUGCGACAGGAAUUCUUCAUGAUCCUGUACAUGGGACAUCUACAAGAUGAUCUGCUUAAAGCGACGCUGCAGUUAGUCAGAUUUGCAGAUAGCAAGGUUGCUGAUGGGACUAUGAAACGCGACAGACUGAUUUUCCCCAAGCAGAAAUCUAUUCGUCAGUGGUUAUCGCUCAGUGCGGAACCGAAGGAGAAGCCAUCGGAUAGUCUGCAGUCGUCUGUUGAUCCCUCAAAUGUCCACCGCCCUGCAUUUACUGGAUUUCCUGACCCCGAGCAUCUUCCGCCGGACAACAUUUGGGAGAAAGGAAGUACGGUCCUGCGCAAAAUUUCUCACAUCAUCAAAUCGGAAAAAAGCGCCUUUGGCUUCCGUGUGGCUGCUGCUUCAUUCAGUGUGGCCAUUCUUGCAUUCCUGCAUCAAACGCAAGAUUGGUUUGUUCGCCAAAGAUGUAUCUGGGCUAUGAUUGUCAUUGUCAUCGGUAUGAACCCGACAAGUGGACAGACUAUGUUUGGAUUCUUUGCACGGAUCGUAGCGACGGCGAUAUCACUUGUCCUCAGUCUCAUAGUCUGGUAUAUCGUUGACGGGAAGACUGCUGGAGUGAUCGUAUUCCUAUAUCUUGCCAAUAUCUUCGAGUACUACUUCUAUAUAAAAUUCCCACAGUACUUCGGAGCCUCAGUUAUCGCGAUUGUCACAUUGAACGUCAUCGUCGGGUACGAGCUACAGGUUCGAAAAUUGGGCAUCACCGAAGCUGAAUCGAAUGGUCAACCCUACUACCCAAUCUACAUAUUCGGCCCAUACAAACUGGCCGCAGUUGCAGCAGGCUGCGCGAUCUCCUUCUUCUGGGUAAUCUUCCCAUACCCAAUAACAGCAAAGUCCCAACUCCGCAAACUCCUCGGCAAAAGUCUCUUCGUGCUUGCCAAGUUCUACGGCGCCAUGCACACAACAAUAGAGCUCUGGCUAGGGAACGAACUCGGCGACAUAAACGACAAGAACUCACCGGCCCAUCAACUCCUUCACUCUAGACACAAGAUCUUUAAAGAACAAAUGAUGCUCUUGACCAGUCUUCGCAUGCACAGCCACUUUAGUACCUACGAACCUCCAAUCGGGGGCAAGUUCCCAAAACAGAUCUACGAUAAUAUCAUAUCGGAGAUCCAACGAAUGCUCACAAGCAUGUCAUUGAUGGCACACACAACUCAGAGUCUAGAAGCCCUGGGCAUAGAGCCAGAAUCCCCAGAUAGCGAUGAUGGCGAUAAAUGGAAAGCUCGACUGGCGGAGAUUGCUCUACAAUCUGCGGAUUUCAACUCCCACCGUAUCACCUCCCUGUUGUGCCAUUUGUCAGCUGCCAUUGCGAAUGCCCAGCCUUUACCCCCAUACCUCUCCAUGCCGGAAUCGUUUCCCCUUGCGCGACAGAUGCAUCAGAUUGAUGAUGAGUUGCUGAGUAUUCGGCAUGUGCGGGACCCGGCGUUUUCGGCUUUUGUAUCGCUGGAAGUGCUGAGGACCGUUAUCAGUUUCAACUUGCAGGAUCUAAUUGAGAACGUGAGAAAACUUGUUGGUGAGCUGAGCUUUGAUUUUCACGUCAGGCAGACACAGCAAUAUGCCGAAUCUUCCCAACUCUUAAAUCCGAGAGAGGAUGAGUGA